AUGCCGGCACAAUCAUCGAAUUCGUCUCCGGGAUUGAACUACUGGUAUGGCAGUGGCAGCUUGCCUGACACCUUAGAAGGACUUCCGCAAGGUAGCGCAAAUCCCCGCUUAAUGCGUCGUGCCUCGGAGGCUGUUGGACAAGCUCAAGGGAUCCAAAUCCAGGAGCCCUCUGAAUGGGACGAAAGUCAAGUGCCCCUCCACCUCGAUACCAACCAAACGAAUCUAGUGAUUCGUCCACUGGCAGCGUCCGCCGCUGCAAAUCACAAAGCCCCGCUGGCACCCAAGCAGGGACUUGGGGGCGCCCUUGCAAACGCUCGAGGACAGCACCAGUCUCCGAUUGCUGGUACCUAUGCGUUACGAACCCCUCGCGGCAAGAUCACAUCUAUAGCAUGUGAGAGUUGCAGAAAACGCAAAUCCAAGUGUGAUGGUGUGAGGCCCAAGUGCAACACCUGUCAAUCAAAAAACCUCACCUGUGUCUACGAUGUGGCAGAAGAUGGUAAAACAACAACUCAACUGAGGGCUCACGUCAGGCGACUGGCCAAGGAAUUGGACGAUAUGAAGUCCGUUGUGUCGCUGCUGGCAAUGGCACCGGAUCGCGCGUCGGCAGCGAAUUGGGCGUCCGAGCUUGAGAAGAAUGGAUUUGCACAUCAUUCAGCCGAAGAAGUCAAGAAGGCGCUUUCGGAGUCUUUGGGUCCGACACCAGCACUCCCAGAUGCCGAUUCGUUCGGGACUCCAAACAGCAGCGAGCCGUUUACUGGCCAUACGCAUCCUAUGGGGGGCUCAUCUUACGGCAGUUCUUCUCGAGAAGAAAGAGAACAAAGCCAGUCCUCACUGGCUUAUUCGCAUGACAAUGCCGUUGAUGUUGCCGUGCCCACGAACCCAUCCCCACUCAGCCUCGAGGCUGCAGCGAACGCCUUGAACAAGUUCGGGUUCGAUUGUGCGUUUUACCGGAGGACGAAACGAGAUCUACUUGCGAAUGGGUGGAGUGAGGUACAGAUAUUUGGAAGGUCUGAGAUCGAUGUGGACACUCUUUUACUGGGUUUCCUGGAUCCGCAGGAUGCGCAGCCAGUCUCGACAUGGUGUUCCAGAACAGUAAAUAAGCUGCUUCCGGCGUCUCCUCUUCCUGUUAGACUGGCGUCCACAUGGCUUUUGACCAAACUGAUGCGGUAUCUCAUUUGGCCAAGUGUCGAGAAUAUGAAUGCCAAUCCGGAAUGGUUGAUGCCACCAGUAGGGAAGCAGGAGACAUCUCCAUAUGAUUUGCUCAUUGAUCUGGUUCCUUGGCCUCAACUUCGCCAGCUACUAUAUCAACAUCCCCAGGAAUAUCCAGUUGCCCAUAUUGUCGGCCUCAUCGGUGUUACGUGGCCAUAUGCGGACGAUGCGUGCCAUUACUGGGAUAUUGAAUCAGGGUACACCCGCAUGACGCCGCUAUUUGAGAGUACCAUCGCCGAUUUGAGCAACUGGACAGUCGACCCAAAGGUUCUUGAGAUUAUGCCUCAACUAGAGGGGCACAUUCCAGUAAAGCCGGUAGCAUAA